UUUUGACUCAAAAUGAACGUCUGUGAAUAUCACUGUGUGUUCGCCGGAAACAGGCUCUGCAUCCAGUAACGUUAAAAGUGAAAAGAGAAAAUGGCCGAGAACGGGGAUGUCUGUCCUCACCUGGACUCUAUCGGCGAGGUCACCAAAGAAGACCUGCUGCAAAAAUCAAAGGGUACCUGUCAAUCAUGUGGGGUGGGUGGUCCCAACCUCUGGGCGUGUCUACAGUGUGACUGCUCUUAUGUGGGCUGCGGAGAGUCUUACUCCGACCACAGCACCAUUCAUGCACAGGCGAAAAAGCAUAACCUGACAGUGAACCUGACAACCUUCAGGAUCUGGUGUUACCUGUGUGAGAGGGAGGUCUUCCUGGAGCAGAGGCCUGUGGUGUCUGCAUCUCAGCGCUAUAAAACUUCACAACAGGACGCUGUUCCUCAGACAGGAAGUCACCUGCUGAAGGCCGUUCCCAUCGCUGUCGCUGACGAGGAAGAGUCCGAGUCUGAGGAAGAUGAGCUCAAACCUAGAGGUCUCACUGGAAUGAAGAAUAUUGGAAACUCCUGCUAUAUGAAUGCAGCUCUGCAGGCUCUGUCCAACUGCCCUCCACUGACCCAGUUCUUUCUGGACUGUAGUGGGUUGGUCCGCACAGACAAGAAGCCAGCAUUGUGUAAAAGCUAUCAGAAACUGAUCUCAGAACUGUGGCAUAAGAAACGUCCCAGUUAUGUGGUGCCCACUAGUCUCUCCCAUGGCAUUAAACUGGUCAAUCCCAUGUUCCGUGGAUAUGCCCAGCAGGACACUCAGGAGUUCCUGCGCUGUCUGAUGGACCAGUUGCAUGAGGAGCUGAAGGAGCGCCUGCAGGACUGUGGGGCAGGGGACGGGGGGGAGGGGGGUCAGGACAGGGACCGCAGCCCCUCGGACGACGACUUUCUGUCAUGUGAGUCAGGCUCAGGCAGCGAGCGCGGGGAGGGGGGAGGGGAGAGCGUGUCUGGGGUUUCAGAGAAGGAGAAACAGAAGGAGAGACAGAAGGAGAGGAGGGUGUCAGGAUCUCCCUCUCAGGAGAUGGACGAAGACGCAGACGUAGAUACAGCGACACAGGAUGGAUCCACAGAGACCAGUGUCCCCGCAAACACCCAGAGCCAUGGACAGUCACACACUGAUACAGAACCAGAUAAUGAGGCUUCAAUGCACUGUCCAUCAUCUCGUCCCAGCAGUCCGGUCCACAGCCCGGUGCACUGUACACAGGAACUUCAUCCCAAACUGUCCAGCAGUCCACCACGCUCAAGCCCCCUGCGCUCCACCGUGGGCCACGCCUACUCCUAUAAGAGAGCACAAUUACUCCUCAGUAGCCGGAGGAAGAAACAGGCACGUUACCGUAGCGUCAUCUCAGACAUCUUCGAUGGCUCCAUCCUGAGUCUCGUCCAGUGUCUGACAUGUGAUCGGGUGUCGACCACCGUUGAGACAUUUCAGGACCUGUCUCUGCCCAUUCCAGGGAAGGAGGACCUGGCCAAGCUCCACUCCUCCAUGCACCAGACGGCAGCCGUGAAGACGGGCGUGUGUCCUGACAGCUAUGCUUCACAGGGCUGGAUUUCCUACAUCAUGGAGUCUAUACGCAGGUUCGUGGUCUCCUGUAUCCCCAGCUGGUUUUGGGGUCCUGUGGUCACACUGGAGGACUGCCUCGCUGCCUUCUUUGCCGCAGAUGAACUGAAAGGAGACAACAUGUACAGCUGUGAGAGAUGUAAAAAAUUGAGAAACGGAGUGAAGUAUUGUAAAGUCCUGCGGCUUCCCGAGAUUCUGUGCAUCCAUCUGAAGCGCUUUAGACACGAGGUCAUGUAUUCCUUUAAGAUAAGCAGCCACGUGUCCUUUCCACUGGAGGGUCUUGACCUUCGACCUUUCUUGGCUAAGGAGAGUCCCUCUCAGAUCACAACCUAUGACCUCCUGUCAGUCAUCUGUCACCAUGGCACAGCAGGAAGUGGCCAUUACACAGCGUACUGUCAGAAUGUGAUAAACGGACAGUGGUAUGAGUUUGAUGACCAGUAUGUGACUGAGGUCCACGAGACUGUCGUUCAGAAUGCGGAAGCCUACGUCCUGUUCUACAGGAAGAGCAGUGACGAGGCAGUGAGAGAGAGACAGAAGGUCGUGGCCCUUGCGAACCUGAAGGAACCCAGUCUUCUGCAGUUCUACAUCUCCAGAGAAUGGCUCAACAAAUUCAACACCUUUGCUGAACCUGGACCCAUCACGAACCAGACCUUCCUCUGUCAGCACGGGGGAAUCCCUCCCACCAAGUCCCACUAUAUUGACGAUCUUGUGGUGAUUCUACCACAGAACGUGUGGGAGUAUUUAUACAACCGAUUUGGAGGUGGUCCUGCCGUCAAUCAUCUGUAUGUUUGUGGCAUCUGUCAAGUGGAGAUUGAGGCUUUAGCCAAGCGCAGGAAAGUGGAGAUUGACACUUUCAUCAAGUUGAAUAAGGAGUUCCAAGCGGAGGAGGCCCCCACAGUUAUCCUGUGUAUUAGCAUGCAGUGGUUCAGAGAAUGGGAGAGCUUUGUCAAGGGCAAAGACAAUGAGCCUCCAGGUCCAAUAGAUAACAGUAAGAUUGGAGUGAUGAAGGGAGGGCAUAUACAGCUGAAACAGGGAGCAGACUACGGGCAGAUCUCUGAGGAGACAUGGCUGUACUUGUUGAGUAUUUAUGGGGGGGGGCCAGAGAUUGCAGUAAAGCAGACAGUGGCACCUCCAGACACAGACUCACACGGAGAGAGAAAAAUAGAGGCAGAAACCAGGGCCCUCUGAGAGUGGCAGGAGCCAUCCUGGGCGCUAUGUGACAAAGCCGUUUUCAUGAACACUUUGCGAAAGAGCUUCCACACUCUGAUCAGUGACUCAGUGCUGCAGUGUUGAUGUAUAGAACUAUGAUAAGCUCCAUGUCUCACCACCUUAGUUAUUUAAUCUACCACAGAAUAGGAAUAUAAAGAAACACAAACAAAUCCAGUCACACACUGACACAC